AUGGAUGGCACACAUAUACCAGCAACUAUAGUUGGACGUGACGUGGCAAGUUAUCGUAAUCGAAAAGGAACAAUAUCUCAAAAUGUUUUAGCUGUAUGUAACUUUGAUCCGGAGUUUAUCUAUGUUCUGAGUGGAUGGGAGGGUUCAGCUCUUGAUUCAAGAGUGUUAAGUGAUUCAUUAAGAAAAUUAUAUCUAGUUGAUUGUGGAUUUGCAGAUCGUCUCAAUUUUUUAGCUCCAUUCCGUGGUGUUAAGUAUCAUCUACAGGAAUUUGCUGGUCAAGGACGUGAUCCUGAAACUCCAAAUGAUUUAUUCAAUCUUCGCCAUGCUUCUUUGAGAAACGUGAUCGAAGAGAUACUUGGAAUCUUUAAAUUUCGAUUUACUAUUUUUAAAUCAGCACCUCCUUUUUCUUACACGAAACAAGCUGGAUUAGUCCUAGCAUGUGCAGCGUUGCAUAACUUUCUUCGCAGAGAAUGUCGAUCAGAUGAAGGCGACUUUCCUGUGGAAAAUGAAGGCAAUGCAGAUAACAAUGAAGGUAAUGCAGUGAAUAACAAUGAAAUUGAUAGAGAAGAACCUCUUGAGACACAAGAGCAGGACAGAGAAAACACAAAUAUGUGGAGAAAAUCUAUGGUUGAAGACAUGUGGAAAGAUGCAACGAAUUUGGAAAUUCAUUGAUAGAUAAAUUUUUUUAGUUUUCAAGGUUUGCAUUUAAUAAAA